AUGCCAUAUAGUGCGCCCGGUAAGGCGCUAAUAGCCGGCGGGUAUUUGGUGCUGUUCCCCGAGUACCGCGCCUACUGUGUGGCGCUUUCGAGCCGAAUGCACUCGGUAGCCGUCAAGUCGGACGAGCGGGUGCUGACGUUCCACAGCCCGCAGUUCUCGACGUCGACCUGGUCGUACGAUCUGGACGACGUGCAGCCGCAAAAGAACCCGUUUUUGAACGCCGUGGUGCAAGUGUGCGGCGCGUAUUUUGGAGAGCUCUGCGGAGGUUCGAUCUACAUUUUCAGUGAUGCUGGUUUCCAUUCACAACACGAGUCGACCCCCAUGCCCGACUACCCCAGAUUCCGGACCCACCGCAAGUCCAUUGGAAGCGUACCCAAGACCGGCCUGGGUUCGUCGGCAGCGCUGUGUGUGGUGGCAACUGCCUCUAUUGUGGAGAUGAUGGGACGUGCCAAUGACCCGCACUUUACCCGAAUCGUUCACAACAUCGCCCAAAUCGCCCACUGCGUCGCCCAGGGCAAAGUGGGCUCGGGAUUCGACGUCGCGGUCGCUGUUUACGGAUCUGUACAGUACUCUAGGUUCACUCCGACUAUGAUUCCUAAAACAAUCACCCCAGAGUCGGUGCGACCCGUCGUCGACAUGAAGUGGGACGAGUGGCUCGAGCGCUGCGCCCUGCCGCCCUCCGUCUCGGUGCUCAUGGGCGACGUCCGCGGCGGAUCCGAGACGCCCGCCAUGGUCCAAAAGGUCCUGGCAUGGCGAGACGCAAAACCCGAGGAAGCUGAGCCGAUCUGGGCGUCGCUGGACGGCGCCAACAACGCGCUGGUGGCUGCGCUGAUCCGCGAAUCCGAGCCCCACGCCAUCAGAAUAUGUUUUGACCAUAUCCGCGCCCAGCUCCAGGCCAUGACAAAACUGACUGGCGUGCCCAUUGAGCCCGAGUCACAGACCAAGCUGCUCGACGCGGCAAAGUCAAUUGACGGCGUCAUCAACGGCGUGGUGCCCGGCGCCGGCGGCUCAGACGCCAUCUUUUUGCUCGUCGAGUCUGACAAAUUCGACACCGCCAAACAAGCCCUGUCGAUCGACCCCAGAUUCGCCAAAGUGAAGUGGCUUUCCCUUCACCAGGAGGCCGUGGGACUCAGACGCGAAGAGGCUUCGUACCCCGGCGUCCGCGCGCAUUCGCAUUCUUAA